AUGUUCUGGACCAAUGGCACAAAAGAGUAUGGUGGACUUGUUAACAACCAAAUUGCCAUUCACGAACUCUGCCCAGAUUUCAGGGUCUGCCAAGUAAAGAGGAAUAAGUCGGGCAUAGUUAAGGUUAUCAUGAGCAAAGUAGUACUUGACAAAGGCCUCUAUAGUAUCAAGGUGCAGUUUCCAAUUGGCAACCUGCCGGUAGUGGAAGUGUCCGCCUGGGAUGCUGAUGACGCCACAGAAGGCUCCAACGCCCGCAUCACCUACGCCAUUGAGAAGAACGUCAUCCACGACAGGUCCGGAGAGGCUGUCUUCAGUGUGCAUCCUCACUCCGGGCUGGUGACGACCGCCCUCUGCUGCCUGGACAGGGAAACCACGCCCGAGUACCAGAUUCAAGUGGUGGCUUCUGACGGAGGAGGACUUAAAGGUACGGGCACAGUGGUGGUUCGCCUGACGGACGAGAACGACAAUUCGCCGCGUCUUGCGCGACAGUACUGGGAGCUGGAAGUGGACGAGACGUGGGGGGAAGGUCCACCCAAUAACAUGACCCUCCUGGAGAUGACAGCUGCUGAUCCUGACACAAAGAAUCACUUCUCUUACAAGAUCGUUGAGGAAAGCGGCUGGGGCUGGGACCACUUUGGCAUCCGGUCGACUGGAGCAUCCGGUCAGCUCUAUGCCCUGAGGGCACUCGAUUAUGAGGACGACACCCAUCGCCAGGGAUUCAAGUUCAUGGUACAGGUCACCGAUCGAGGGGAGGGCGGAUGGGUCGACCCUAGACAUCAGGACACAGCCUGGGUGGGCGUGAGGCUCCGAGAUCUCAAUGAUAAUCCGCCACAGUUUGUCCGUCCUCAUGCCCACGUCACGAUAAGUGAGGACGCCCCUCUGGGCACUUUGCUGACCACUGUGUCCGCCCACGAUCCAGAUGCUGGGGGAGGCGGCCAAGUGGACUACUCGGUGGUGGGCGGCUGGAACUCGCUCCAGGUGGACGAGAGCGGAGGCGUGACGCUGUCCCGCCGUUUGGACCGCGAGGCUGAAGAGGGCGCCCUGGGCAUCGCCAGAAUCCUGGGCACGGACAGAGGAGAGCCGCCCCUGACUGCCACUGCUACCCUGACCAUCACAGUCACAGACGUCAACGACUGCGCCCCUCGAAUUCUUCCACCGGACGUCCUUCACGUGAGGGAGGGCGACCCUCCCGUCCUGCUCGGCGUCCUGACGGCGACUGACGACGAUAUGUGGUCUCUUGGGCAUGGGCCUCCCUUCAGCAUGUCGCUUUCUCCGUCGAAUCCUUCUUAUGUAAUGGAUUUUGUCAGUCUGAAGUUCUAUCAACAUGUCGACAGCGGUCGGGGAGGAGCCGAGUUAUGGACCCGAGGCUCCCUGGAUCGUGAGAGCCAUCGGACGCUCCCUGUGGAGGUCGUGGUUGGCGACGCCGGUGGACUUAACAGGACUCAGACUGUGACGGUUGUUGUCGACGACAGGAACGACAAUCCCAUGAAACCUGCUGCCAAGACUGUCUAUCUGUGGAAGACCCAGGGGGUAGCGGGGUCUGAGCGCCCCUGGGUGCGCGUGUACGUAGACAACCCAGACGACUGGGACGUGGCUGACAAGACCUUCCGGUGGGCGGGGAAGCCUCAUCCCUUGUUUACGCUGAAUGCUGAUGACGGUUCCAUUUUUGCUUCCAGCCUCGUGCGUGAGGGAAGGUAA